UAGGCCUAAUCAGAACCUUAAUUAAUGUCAACUGUAACACUUGGGCCUGUAUAGGCCUAUGCCAUGUCAACACUGGCUGCUGUGAAGUGGUUCAAACUUGUUUAGGAAAUAUUUUAUGUUGCUGUUAGACUAAGGCUACACGAGUCAUCAGACAAUUUCAUGUGGUCUUCUGAACCACAGGGUCUGUCACGCUAAUUAGUUCACUUCAAUGGCUUGGAUUGAGUGCCGAACCCGUGACGGUCAUGAGGAUUUCUGCUGUGAAGUAGGCUACCCUCCUAGAGUUCGAGUAGAGACUUAAACUAAGGCCAGUGAAAGCACCGAACGGGACAGGCUUCUCUUAGACGCUCUGCACUUAUACCCAUUUCCUUCCCCAAUCUAAUUAUCCAUUCAAGCUGAUCAGAAUGCCACGCGGCGAUUUCAAUGUUCACUUUGCAAGCAGAGGACGCGGUGGUUAUGUUCGGGCAGAAGAAGCGGCAGGCAUAGCUCUUCUGGUGGUUAUUUUGGUGGCACUUCUUAUCUUGGGAUGCUGGUACUUCAGAAGGCGAAGUGGUUACAAAAUGAUACGGAGUCCCAGGAGCAAUGCCCAGCCAUGGAGAACAACAUUGAGUACAGGCCAAUACAGUGAAGGAGGAGCUGCAGUUGAAAAUAAAGUACCAUUGAAUGACUUCAGUAAUCUGCAACCUGUGGUACCCAACGCUCCUCCAGCCUAUGAGAAGAUAGUUUCAAGCCCACCACCUCCACCUUAUUCACCUUGAUAAGGAGGCAUCAGCUCAAAGACCUUAUUUUUAUUCUAAAUAAGUAGACUGAUGAUAAAAAUAUUGGUCACACUUUACUUGGAUAGUCCACACACAGACUAUUAACAGAUGCUCAGAUUAUCAACAAACUACUUGUUAACUACAAUGUAUGGUUAAGGUUUUGGGAGCUAGUACUGCCCUUACAUUUUUACACCACCAAUUUUACAUACUGAACUCAAAUCUUAACGAUCAUAAUUUUAAUCUAAAUCUUGAAGUUUAACAAUCUGUUAAGUCUCUGUAGGUGGACUAUGCAAGUAAAGUGUUACUAGAAUACUACAAACAAAUCACUGUAAAGUUGCCUGGAGCAAUAGAGGAUGUAUACGCUUUAUGUACUUACCUUUUCUUGUAAAUGUAUAUUGCAUCCUUCACAAACUAUACAGAAAUUAUUAUGUUGGAAAACCAUCAUCUCGUCAGCAACAUCAUAACAGAGUACCAGUGACCUCAAUUGUGCACAUCAGUUUAUACAGUGAAAUGUAUGUCAGUGUACUGUAUGCUUUAGUUGAAUUCCAAGAGAACAUACAUUAAAUUGAUCUUGGAUGUUAA